GGGGGCCGACCGGGCCCUAGUCUUCCUUCCGUCUGAAGGCCUGGCGGGCCCAGCUCCGCCUCUGGCUCAGCCUCCCUCUCCUCUCCGGCCCUCCCCCCACCCAGCCGUUCCUCCCUCCUUCCUCCUCCUUUUCCUCGGUGAGGCGCUCUUCCAGCAGCCAGGCAGCAUGGCGGCCGUGGAGACCCGGGUGUGUGAGACGGACGGCUGUAGCAGCGAGGCCAAGCUCCAGUGUCCCACCUGCAUCAAGCUCGGCAUCCAGGGCUCGUACUUCUGCUCGCAGGAAUGUUUUAAAGGAAGUUGGGCUACUCACAAGUUACUACAUAAGAAAGCAAAAGAUGAAAAGGCAAAGCGAGAGGUGUCUUCCUGGACUCUAGAAGGUGAUAUUAACACUGACCCAUGGGCAGGUUAUCGAUACACUGGUAAACUCCGACCACAUUAUCCACUGAUGCCAACAAGGCCAGUGCCAAGUUAUAUUCAAAGACCAGAUUAUGCUGAUCACCCUUUAGGAAUGUCUGAAUCUGAACAGGCUCUUAAAGGUACCUCUCAAAUUAAAUUACUCUCAUCUGAAGAUAUAGAAGGGAUGCGACUCGUAUGUAGGCUUGCUAGAGAAGUACUGGAUAUUGCUGCUGGGAUGAUUAAACCAGGUGUAACUACUGAAGAAAUAGAUCAUGCUGUACACUUAGCAUGCAUUGCAAGAAACUGCUAUCCUUCUCCCUUGAAUUACUAUAAUUUCCCAAAGUCUUGUUGUACUUCAGUGAAUGAAGUGAUCUGUCAUGGGAUUCCAGACAGACGGCCCUUGCAAGAAGGUGAUAUUGUUAACGUGGACAUCACUGUUUACCGCAAUGGUUAUCACGGAGACCUGAAUGAGACGUUUUUUGUUGGAGAUGUGGAUGAGGUAGCACGGAAGCUGGUUCAGACUACAUAUGAGUGCCUGAUGCAAGCCAUCGACGCAGUGAAACCUGGCGUUCGAUACAGAGAAUUGGGAAACAUUAUUCAGAAACAUGCCCAAGCAAAUGGCUUUUCAGUUGUUCGAAGCUACUGUGGUCAUGGAAUUCAUAAACUUUUUCAUACGGCCCCCAAUGUACCUCACUAUGCCAAAAAUAAAGCAGUUGGAGUGAUGAAGGCGGGCCACAUAUUUACAAUUGAGCCAAUGAUUUGUGAAGGUGGAUGGCAGGAUGAAACCUGGCCAGACGGUUGGACCGCGGUGACGAGAGAUGGGAAGCGGUCUGCUCAGUUUGAGCACACCCUGCUGGUCACGGACACUGGCUGUGAAAUCCUGACCCGGAGGCUGGACAGCGAGCGGCCUCACUUCAUGUCCCAGUUUUAAUUUCUCCCAAGCCGGCACAUCUCAGUAAUACCUUCUGGCUUUUUAUUGAAAGUACAGAAUGGAAGAGGAAAUUUUUUACGUGUUUUGUUUUGACUAGAGAUAAGGAAGUACUAUGGCAUUUGACAUGUGUCCUCAAGAACUUGUCUUGGGUCUGGAAAAGCCAAGAAGAAUAAAGGAAGCAUUUUUCAACUCCUUUCAGUGUUCCCUGUCCGCCUUCCCCAACUCUCUGCACCCUUGUGUUCUCAUUUGCUUUUUGAGCACUUUUGCUUGAACCUGCUUCUAGUUGCUUUUAUCACUGCCACAGCCAGGCCAUCAGGAGCCGCUGCUUUCCAGAUAGAUGAAUGUGGAAGGUGAGAAUCCUUGAAACUUCAGCAACACACGUUGCCCGAGAUUUUUUUUUACUAUAUAGGAAAUAUGUAUCUGUACAUUUUAAAUUCAUAUAUGUAAUUACUGAACACUAUAUGACCUGGGGUUUGUGUCGAUUCUGCUCCAAUAGGGUCAUAAGCUGUCAUAAAUGGACCCACAGUUUGCAGUGAUUUAAUUCUUAACUGGGAAUUGGCCUCUCCCAUGCUAAUUAUUUACCCAUGUAGUUUUGUGGAAGGAAGCACUCAGACUCUGUGUCCGUGAAUGGAUGUGGCAAAAUUCACUCUGGAAAAACGUUAUUAGGUUUUUUGAAAUCUAGUUUGUGGCAAAAAUAGCCACGCGCCAAAUGGUAGUGGCUGUUGCAGAGUGUGAAGAUUUUGUAAUAUAUUGCUAUUUCAGACCUCUAUUUGGUCAAAAUGGGGGAACAAAGUUCCCUUUGUUCCACUGUCUAUUUUAUUUCAAGGGCACACCUUGGAGACAUCAGAGGAGGGUGGAGGUUGCACUGUGGAGGCUGAUCGGGAAAGCCAGUUCUGAAAUUUCUCCAGCAGUGAGCAGAGUAAGUCAGGUGAGAUGUUAGAUUCUAACAUUUAGUAAACCUGGUUGUGAUGAGAAAGAAACUCUUUGAAGAUCGGACUGUUUCCUUGCAGUAGGGAUGCAGCUGUCCUUGGAGUGCUGAAAACACACUUCACCUUUACGUCGCUGGGAGCCUCAUUAGAAAUGACCUCAGCUGCCCAGUGUCUAUGUUCCUUUUAGUAGUUCAGUCCAAAUGCCACUGUAUCCAGUGAAGGCAUAUCAGAUCAAAGUCAUUGUCCUUAGAGUGUACUUGAUUACCAGGAUUCAGGUGACUUUAUUGUAAGAUAACUUGAUACCACUGACAUGUUAUACUUGUACGAAAACAUCUUUCCCAGAGUGCCUCAGACCUUACUGCUUUAAAAGAAUUACAAUAAUGUUUUCAUUUUAUUAUUUUAAUGUUUAGUCAAAUGACCGAAUCUGGUAUAGAUUUUCGGGGAUAUAUGUGUGAAGUUUUUUAUCAAACUGUAAUAUUUGUGAAUGGAAUGCCUUGCAAUAUGAAUAUUAAUAUAAUGUGUAAAGGGAGAUUAAAAAGUUUGAGUGACUAUCCUGCCAUGUGGUCAUUAACUUUGCUGCAUUUGUUUGGCAUUUCAGAGGGAAAUGGUGGGAAUGGGGCGGCUGAUUUCAUAAUGUAACACUCACGACUAUUUGAAUAAAGACACUUUUUCAAUUUUAUUGGCCAUAUAAAAAUUCUAGCACUGUGUUUGGUUCAGCAUAGCCUACCAGCAGCAUUUGAGAUGCAAUCAUAUUCUUUUAAAUUUUUUAUUUUGUUUUAAGAGCUAUUAAGACAGUGGCUGGUAUAGCUCAAUGGAUUGAGUGCGGACUGCAAACCAAAAGGUUGCUAGUUCUGUUCCCAGUCAGGGCACACGCCUGGGUUGCAGGCCAGGUCCCCAUGAGAGGUAGCCACACAUUGAUAUUUCUCUCUCUUUAUCCCUCCCUUCUUCUCUCUCUAAAAAUAAAUAGAUAAAAUCUUUUUUUUUUUAAAGCUAUUAAGACAGAGAAUGCCGCAAUUUAGGGGAGGAUUUUAUGUGCUGAUAGUGGAAUUAAGUGUGGGCUGAUUUUUUGUCUUUCAUUACAUGAGAAGCUCCAGGCCCUGGCUGGUGUAGCUCAGUGUAUUGAGAGCUGGGCUGCGAACCAAAAGGUUGCUGGUUUGAUUCCCAGUCCAGGGCACAUGCCUGGGUUGUGGGCCAGGUCCCCACUUGGGGGUGUGCAAGAGACAACUGAUCAGUGUACCUAUAGCACAUUGACAUCUCCCUCUCUUUCUCCCUUCCUUCCCUUCUCUCUGAAAUAAAUAAAUAAAAUAUUUUUUUUAAAAAGAAGCAGUGCCAGGAGAAAAGUCUUGGUGGGAUAGGUUUUUUGCUGUUGUUGUUAUUAAAACACCUUACUGGUGAUGAUGCUUUUCUCGGGUUGGGAGAUUUAAAACAAUAUGGGAUCUAUUCUAAUUGUCUAUAUAUAACUGUAGAUGUUUAUUAGAUUAAGUAAGAAAACAUCUAGUUUCAUCAUUCUGACAAACUUCUCAAAAUAAGCCAAUGUGUUAACUUUUUAUUAUUGUAUUAACUUUUAAAAUAUUCUUUUUCCUGCCAGUCCUCCAUGCCCCUUUAGAAGGGAAACAUUUUAGGCUUUUAAUUCAUUUUAUGUUUUUGUGAUAAAAAGGAUUAAGGUUUGUUAGAGCCCAUUUACCAACACCUUUAUACCACUUGCCACCCACUUGUCUAAGUUAAUAGGAAGAGGAGAUUUAGGAAUUUGUUUACCAUCUUAAUUUGAUUCCUUAACUUGUUCUGUAAUCACUUCUGGUUUUUCAUUGGGUUUGGUUAAAAUUGAGAGCAGGAUGCUCCACUUCGCUAACGCCUGUACCCUCACGGUGUCACUAGGCUAUUUUUUUCUUCCAAUUUUUCAUUUUGAACAUUUUAAGUUUACAGAAAAGUUGAAAGUGUAUUACCAUGAAAUAAUCAUAUAUUCUUAUAUUGAUCAAUUGUUGUUUUGCGGUAAUCUCUCUCUGUAAGCACACUUUUCACUUAAAAGAAGUGGCAUCAUACUUUACCCACUGCUGUUACAACAUGUCUUUCUUAAAACAUAAGCACAUGUCCUGCAUAAUUAUAAUAGUUAUCACACCCAAGGAAUUUAAAAUUGAUAUGGAAUUGUCUAAACAGUGAUUUUUUUCAACCUUUUUCAUCUUAUAGCACACAUGAACUAAUUACUAAAAUUCUGCGGAAUUCCCAGAAAAUAUAUUUUUUGCUGAUCUGAUUUUUAAAAAGUAUGAUUUUGUUUCAUUUACACCAGACAGUUAUUGUUGUGUUGGCUGUUGUCAUUUUUUAAAUUUGACAGUCUAAGGGAAAAGAAGACAGUGCCUAUAACUACAUACUCAAGCAUUGCAUGUUUAAAAACACUGCUUGAAAAUAGCUGGUCUAAAGUAUUUUAUGUAUUAUGAUCCACUAUAAUGUCACUUGAUCUUUAAAAGCUUUUCUUUUUCUUUUUAAAUCCAGGAUCCAAAGCUAUAGCAUUGAGUUGCCAUGUAUCUGUAGUCUCCUUUACUUUAGAGCAGUUCUUCCACCUUUUAAAAAAUUUUUAUAUGAAAUUUACACUUGGAAAAGCAAGCCAGUUAAGCUUGUAGAAUUCUGUUUCCUCUGACGGUGCCUCAUGAGUGCCUUCGGAUUAAAGAUUUUGGCAGGAGACACCAUAACGGCAUGUGGUGUGACCCAUUCAUUGCUUCACAUCUGAUCAGGAGGCACAUGUCACUGUCACAUUAUUGCCAGUAUAAGUUUAUUACUUGGUUUCUGUCAGAUCUUUCUGUUUUCAGAAAUAAUCUGGGAGGAGAUACUGGGAAACCAUUUGGCCAUCCUGUUCACUCAGUGGUUUUAGUGUUCAUUGGUCAAUCCUUGCCAGAGUCCAUUAUUUUAUUACAUUGGUUGCUGCAAAUUGGUACUUUCUAAAUCUAGCAUUUCAUCUAGACAUUAUUAGCGAGCAGUCUUUACAAAGAAGCACAUUUAUUCCUCCCUCUACCCAUCAAUGUGGGUUCAUUGAUUGUUUUUAAACGUUCUAUUUAAAUUACUGUAAUUGUUCCAAAUUUGGUCAGCAAGAACACCUUUCAGCUUAUUCAUGGGUUAUUUUGACCCGUGCCUAUCAGUCUUGGAGCAUUUUCUUGCUUUUUGCUCUAGCAAGAUACUCUACAUUUAUCAUUCACUUUGCCUACCCCAGGCUGGUAAAAUUGGUUAUUUUCUUCAAGAAAAACACCUUUCUUUGGGGGGGGAAUGGUAUUUGGAAAUCCAGAGCUGGGUGCUACUAGGGUGCCAUUGUUUCUGGGCCGUUUCAGGUUCAGAACAGAGCCAGAAAAUGCAUUGUUUCCACAUCAUGAGAUCCUUCAGGGACUUUCAUUUCAAAUCCAACACUCAUCUGUCUUCCUCACUGUAUGCCUGUUCCCUCUCUGUAUCUUCCUUCUCUGAUGGUGAGAACUUUGGUUUUGAACAACACCCAUAUUUAAAAUGUGGUUGAUUCUAUAAGAUGUAAAAUUAUUUCAGAAUUACUACAUGAAAGUCACUACCAACAAUAAAGUUACUAAGUGCAAAAUA